GUCGACCUCAAGAAGCCGACGAGUCCGUGGCGCAUGCACUUUUCGACUUUGCACCAAGUACCAACUCCUUCAACACGACAAUAUGACCCCCAUGGAUGAUGUUGUCUGCUCGUUUGCGGGCUGCAACCAGCCGCGUCGGUUUGGCUCCACCAAGUGCGUCACGCAUCGCAACAAGCUCCAGUGCACCUUUGAAGGCUGCAAGAACCAAGUGUACGCCCGGUACCUCUGCAUCCGCCAUGGCGGCAAAAAGCAGUGUGAGCACAGCGGCUGCGACGCGCCUGUGCACCGAGGAGCGUUUUGCGUCGGCCACGGCGGUGUCGUCGUCAAGCGCUACUGCACGGAACCGGGCUGCAGUCGCCAAGCCCACGCCCGGUACAAGUGUGUGCGGCACGGUGGCGGCCGCACAUGCAAAGAAGCUGGCUGCGACGUGCACGCACGGGCGAGUGGCUACUGCCGGCGCCACACGGCCCGACCCAGCGCGAGUGGGACGCCUUCUAUCAUCAAGAAGGCCGACUUGGCAGCCCACAUCAACGCCGAGCUGCAGCGCGUUGGCGCCAAAGUCGCCAACCUCAUGACCCUUGCCGCCCUCGACGACCCGACACCGCCUGUUGCGUGCGAGGAGACUGCGCUUGACGCCUCGAUUCUGGAUAUUCUCUGCGACGCGCCGCUCUUUGGCGAGGACUGCGACGUGCUGCUGCUUCUUGGUGCAGAGAGCGAUACUUUGACGCCAACACUGCUUCCAUCCGUGGACUGGGCAUCGACAGAGUUCAACAUUGCAAUUUAAUCGAG